AUGUCAACCUACGAGGAACGUCGGCCGGGGUCGCGACUGCUGGUGAGGUUCGACGGCGAUGAGUGGACUCAUGAGAGAAUCUUGCUGUGGCCAGUCCACCGAGAUCGACGACACGAGCGCUGGGUGAUCGAGACCCCAGAUGGCGACCGCUAUCACGUCUCGCUGCUGAAUGGCUGGCCAGAGGGCUUCCGCGGCAAUGUGGUGCGCUUCCAGUCUGAGCUGGGGCGAGAGGCUCUGCGACAGAUGGUGCUAGAGGGCUGCGACCUGGCCUGGGAUGAGCGCCGACGCCGCCGGCUGCCACGGGACCUCGGCGCGCACCUGGGCGUGGAGCCGCGGUCGAUGGUGGAUUGGCAGGGCGACGAGCGCGGGCUGGACGUCGGCGUGCUGGAGUCUGCGAGGCGACGGCUGCGCGGCAAGCGUCCGCUGACGGCCGGCGCGCGCGAGCCCGAGGCGGCCGGCGACGAGGACGCGGAGACGGUGCUGUUGGUGGCGGAGCUGCGCGCAGGCGGCGGGCUGGAGCUGGGCGAUGAGGUCGCGCCUGGGGACGCAGACGCCGCCGCGGGCCCGAAGGUGAUCGGCCGUCGGUCGGACGGCCGCACCGUGCUAUGCGACCGCGUGGGCCUCGCGGCUGUGGAGGAGCGGCGAGCCCAGGCUCGCGCCAACGCUGGCCGCCUGGCUGCGUCGGCGGACGAGCCGGCCGCCCCGCUCCCUGCAGAUGAUCGUGGCCACGCUGAUAUCCGUGCUGUCCUGCGCGAGCGCAGGACGCUCGCCGUGGAGUGGAAUGAGCAGGGCGCCCGCUUCAAGGAGUGGCGUCGGGCCGUUGGCGAGAGCAGCGAGGAGGCGCAGGGCGGCCGCGAGCUGCGAGGCGCGGGGGCGGCUCUCCACCUGUACCAGCGGUUCACUCAGCACGGCGGGGUUCCCAAGACGUGGAUGUCCACCUUCUGCCGGGAGUAUGGCAUCAGUCAGCGGGAUCGGACUUAUCACGAGCUGAAUUGUCUGGUCACCAUCUUCUGGCUAGCCGGGACAUUCGACGCGGUGAACCUCGGCGGCCCGGCAUGUCUCGAAGUGGCGGCCCGCCGAGUGGCGCAGAUCGCCGAGGCGCGCAGGGUCGCCCCUGGGCAGCCCGCGGCGCAGGGGGCGGGUCGCUUCCUGGCGGGGGCGAGCGACCCCUUCGACGUGGCGUCGCCCGAGCCGCGCGCGUUCGCGAACCGAGCUGCCCGCGAAGAGGCCGACAGCCUGGCCGCGCCGGGCCGCGGGCGGACGCUAGCGGCAAGCGGCCGCGUGGCUGGCGUCAUCGAGGACGUGGCGGCGGCGCUGGUCGCGCGCGGCGGGCAGAUCUAUCCCCUGCCGCAGCUGCGCGAGCUGGGUGCCGACAUCGCAGCCCCGCUUGGUCGACGAGAUCGGGCUCGGGUGAGGCGGUUGGCAAACGGCCGUCUGGCUAGCUUGAAGUGGUUGCCUGGCGCUGAACGACGGCCUCCUUCUGGGCCGCCCAGCCGGGCCGCGCGGCGCCGCGUCUCGGAGCUGCAGUGCGAGACGCAGCGGCGGGCGCAGCUUCUGGCGGCGAGCUGGGGCGGGCCUGCCUGCGCGGAGGAUUCGCAGCAACGUCUGGCGCGACUGUUGCGGGGCCGCGGCGGCUACGCCCAGCUGGUCCACGCGACGCUGGCCCCCUUCCCCAACGCCCGGCUGUCCGUCCCGGACGACCCGGCAGGCUCGCCGCGGGUCGUGGACUUGCUGCCAGAGGUGGAGCAGAUUCAGUUGAAAGAUUUCGAGAGCCACACGAUGCGUUCGCCUCAGGAGGCGGACGAAAUUAACGCAAGGUGCGGCCCAGUUCGGCCCUGCAUGGAUCCUGUUUUACGCCGCAAGCGCCCCGCCUACAUCGGCCUGGUCAAGCGGCUGCUGAAGCUGGGCCUCGCGCGGCUGUCGACUGCCCGCCGCUGCCAGGUGGACAUCUUCUUCGUGAAGAAAAAGGGCGACCGCCAGCGGCUGAUCCUGGACCGCCGCCCGGCGAAUCGCCCGUUCAGGAGUCCGCCCGGGGUCGACCGUGUCAGCAGUGACGGCCUGAGCCGCAACCGACGCGAAGGGUUCCCCUUCUUGGACGACGGGCUGGGCCUGCAGGGGCACUUCGGGCGCCCAGCGCUGCGGGCCGCGGAGUUGGGCCUGACGCAGCUGGACGGGGCGAAGCCGGGCGGCCGCACGCUGGUAUACCCUCUGGCGCGCGCGCUGCCCAUGGGCUGGGCCUGGUCGCUGUGCUUCGCACAACGGGCGUCCAACUCGCGCCGCAUGAAGCUGCUGCGCGAGCUGGGCGUCGCCCUGCCGAUGACGGACCGGGGCCCCCCUCUCAUCCUGGGCGGCCCGCAGGCCCUGGGCCGCUGCGCCUACGCGGGCAACGUCGGGGCGUUCGUGGCGCCCAAGGGCCAAGCGAGCGCCGCGCUGGAGGCGGCGAUGACUUCCUUCGGCGGGACGGGCCUCAAGGUGCACGAGACCGCCUGCGCCGCGCGGGCGCUGCUGCGGCGCCGCGUGGUGAGCGGGCUCGAGCUGGAGAUCGUCAUCGGCCGCCGCGCCUUCCUGGGCCUGGUGCGACGGGAGGGUCUGAGCUGCUUCCGCUGCGUCUACCGCUGCAUCAAGCGGCGCUGCUUCGAGAGGGUCGCGCUGCGGAGCAGCGUGGAGCAGGGGUGGAUGCCGGGCGCGCGGCAGUCCGACGCGUCGCUCGCUGGUUUCGGCCUGGCCCACUCACAGCGGGAUCCUCGCGACGUCGGCCGCGUUGGCCGAGUGCGCGAGCGGCGCCGCCAUCGCCUCGGCGCGGGGUUUGCGCGACGGCCCGCUAGGGGGGCCGCUUGCCUGAAGAUGCCGGCGGACAGCGGCGUCGUCGCGUCCGAGGCCCUCGCGCCCGAGAUCCCCGAGGGGGAGGUCGCGCGCUGGGGCCGGGGCCCCGCGUUCGAGGAGGUGCCGGCGGAGCUGCUGCGCGCCGACCUCUGGCGGACGGCCUGGGCCGACCAGUCGGCUUUCGGGGAGGCGCGGGGCUUCAAGCUGCUGGAGAUGAUUCGGCAGGCGGCGGCGCGCUGGCUCGGGCGCGGGCUCAGGUUCAGUUGCAGGUGGAUUCCUUCGGAGUUCAACAGCAGCGACGCGCGGGUGCUGGCGCGGCCCCUGGCGGCGCCGCGGGCCGCGGCCAGCCUGCCGCGGGCCGCCUCAGCCAGCUGGAGCCCGCGGAGGACGCGCGCGCUGAGCAGGACGGCCUGCGGCGGGCUGGAUCGCCGGGCGAGCGAGGGCGCGGCGGCGCCGCCGGCGGGGCUCGAGCAGGCCGCCUCGACGGAGCGGGGGCGGGCCGCUUCGACCCUGCUCGCCGGCGCCAAGGCCGCCGCCGCGACCGCCGCUGCCGCCGAGGACGACAGCGAGAGCAGCCGGGGGGAGGAGCUGCCAGGCCGCGGGCCCAACCGCGCCGACGCCCGCCGCGCGGCGGCGCGGGCGCGGCACAUGGCCAAAGACCCAAUCGCCUGGGCAGAA